AUGAGCUACAAGGCCAUAUUCGCCAUUGCUGCAGCUCUUGACCUUGAGCUAGAGCAAAUGGACGUGAAGACAGCCUUUCUGUAUGGGAACAUAGACGGGGAAGUCUAUCUGGAACAACCACCCGAAUUUGACGACGGCACCGGAAGGGUCUGCAAACUGAACAAGGCGUUAUACGGGCUUAAACAAGCCCCCAGGAUCUGGUACCAGACACUUACCACAUUCUUGGAAGGCCUUGGUUUCUACCCCCUGACUUCAGAUGUGGGAAUUUUUGUUAAGGGCCACACCUACAUCGCCGUUUAUGUGGACGACCUCUUGAUUGCUGGACCCUCGAAGGAGGAAAUCCAGAAGCUCAAGAACGCUCUGAGCAUGGCUGUUACCAGAGACCGUAGGAACCGGACGAUUCGGCUGAGUCAAAAGGGGUACAUUGAAAAGGUCCUCAAGGAUUUCGGGAUGUGCGAGGCUAAGCCCCAGUACACACCCAUGAAGACCGACCAGAUUGAAACCCCAGAGGACUACGAGCCAAACGAUGAAAUCAAGACAUGUGUCGUAUUGCAGCAGGUUCCUGGCUAA